UGGCACUCCAGGUUAGGAGGCUGGAGUUGGAAGGGCCGGGAGUAGCUGCACGUCCCCACGCUUUCCUCAUGGUUACGGUGACUAGAGCCGUGUUUGGAGACCUGCCCUCAGGGGCAGGGACAGUGGAGAAGUUCCAGCUGCAGUCAGACCUGCUGAAAGUGGACAUCAUCUCCUGGGGCUGCACCAUUACGGCCCUGGAGGUCAAAGACAGGCAGGGCAGGGCGUCCGAUGUGGUGCUCGGCUUUGCAGAGUUGGAAGGGUACCUCCAAAAGCAGCCUUACUUUGGGGCCGUGGUUGGCAGGGUUGCAAACCGAAUUGCCAAAGGAACCUUCACGGUGGACGGGAAGGAGUACAAGCUGGCCAUUAACAAUGGGCCCAACAGUCUGCAUGGAGGAGUCAGGGGGUUUGAUAAGGUCGUCUGGACCCCUCAGGUGCUGUCAAAUGGUGUCCAAUUCUCGAGGGUCAGUCCAGAUGGUGAGGAAGGUUACCCUGGAGAGUUGAAAGUCUGGGUGACAUACACGCUGGAUGGUGGGGAGCUUACGGUCAACUACCGAGCACAGGCCAGUCGGACCACUCCGGUCAAUCUGACCAAUCAUUCUUAUUUCAACCUGGCAGGCCAGGGUUCCCCAAACAUCUAUGACCAUGAAGUCACUAUAGAAGCUGAUGCCUUUUUGCCUGUGGAUGAAACCUUGAUUCCUACAGGAGAAGUUGCUCCGGUACAAGGAACUGCCUUUGACCUCAGGAGGCCGGUGGAGCUUGGAAAACACCUGCAGGAGUUCCGCAUCACCGGCUUUGACCACAAUUUUUGUCUGAAGGGAUCUAAAGACAAGCACUUCUGCGCCCGGGUCUGUCAUGCCGGAAGCGGGCGGGUUCUGGAAGUGUACACCACCCAGCCCGGGGUCCAGUUUUACACAGGCAACUUCCUGGAUGGCACGCUGAGGGGCAAGAGCGGAGCAGUCUAUGCCAAGCACUCUGGCUUCUGCCUCGAGACCCAGAGCUGGCCUGAUGCAGUCAAUCAGCCCCACUUCCCUUCUGUGCUGGUGAGGCCUGGUGAGGAGUAUGACCACACCACUUGGUUCAAGUUUUCGGUAGCUUAAGGAAGUGUAAAGGAUGACCUCCAGGGUCAGGCUGGGAGCCCCUUCGACCGCCUGUCUCCUGUCCAGAGAGGAGAUGAAGAUUUAGAGGCUUUACAAGUGAUCCUGUGACUCAAAAAUCAUAUAAAGGGUAGCUUCACAAUAAUUAGUCUGAAUUUUGCGUUCCUUUCCCGGUGACUGGCUACGGGUCAGUCUAAUAACCAGCUCUAUCCUCCGUGUGGUUAAGAGGAUCCAACCACCAAUGCUGUCGCCUAAGCCCUGACCCUAACCCGGAAGGGGUACCCAGCUCCUUGCUUUGUUGGCUCUGUCUCUCUACCCUGCUUUCUUCUCUUUACCCUUUUCUUUGAUCCUACUCUCAUUCCAUUUCUUUGUCUUCCUCUGCACCUCAAGCCACCUCAUCCUGUGCAGCACAGUCACAUUGAUAAGGCAGCAGAUGACUGAGUGAAGGAGCCGGGGCUUAGGGAGGGUAAAUGACCCUCAUAAAGACACACAGCCAGGAGAAGUUUUAGCGAGGAUUUGACAUCAGGUCAUGCACAUUCAAGUCCCCUUCUAUGCUUCUAUUUCAGUCUGCCAAAGCAUUCCUAGGAUCACUGGUGGGCACAGGGGAUUCUGACCUUUCUUUGUUAGGGGGCCAGCCUUUCUUUCCAGAGUCACACUUAUAAGAAGCAUUAGUCUGAGUUUGAGUUUAACUGUCUCUAAGGAUAUGACUUAAAGAGCCAGGUCAAAAUAUCCAGAAGAAUCUGUAAUUUUGAUCCCUGCCUUUGGGGCAGAGAAAGCCCCAGCCCAGCCAAGGCACGGGAAGAAAGCAAGCCACUGGAGACAGAGCUGUGUUAGUGUGGACAGAGGGCCUUACCUGAGGACUGACUGUACAUUGCACCUGGCACAAGACAUUGUGUUACAUAGUUGACGCUGGAGCUCCCCACCUUUCCUAACAAUUGAAUCAUCAGUGAUGCAUUUGGGUUGGUGGUUGGUUUAGGUUUUGAAAGAUAUGUAUCUUCUACUAUUAUAUACUAACAAUCAGUUGGAAUAAAACCAGAACUUGCACCUUCA